GUAAACUUCCAUCAUUCUCAUUCGAAGUUCGAAUCGGGUUAUGAUCAGUGAUUUUUGUUCGAAUUUUGUGAAAUUUAGAACUUUAACAAUAUGGUUACUACUUCGAAUAUGUGAAUUAACGUAACGAAGAGUGUUUUAAUGUAAAAAAUGGCGACUUCUAAUGGAGAUCAUGAAAUGGAGGAGACGGAGAUGACAGAAGACAUAAUUGGGAAUGAAAAUUGCUUAACAUCGAAGACGGCUCUUGUUAAUCCUAGUGAGGAGGACUUUGGAAUUUUAUUGGAUAAUCUUAAGCAUAGAAUAGACCAAUGUCAAGGAGAAACAAUUUAUGAAAUUGGUUGUGGUGAAGGCAGUAUACCGGGACUACCUGAAAAUGACAUGGAUAGUGCAAUUGCUAAUUUACAAAGAUUGUCAGGUCUUCUUGGAGCUGAAGCUAAGGUCUUGAGAGAAAGGAGAUGCGAAGGUGGAGUGAUUAAGGAAUUUUUAGUGAGGAAGAGAGCUGAAGGGGAAGACUUUAUGGAAGUGCGUGUCGCUGUCGUGGGGAAUGUUGAUGCGGGAAAGAGUACUUUGUUAGGGGUUCUUACUCAUAGUGAGUUGGACAACGGAAGAGGCUUAGCUAGGCAGAAACUGUUUAGACAUAAACAUGAAAUGGAGUCAGGAAGAACUUCGUCUGUGUCGAAUGAUAUACUUGGAUUUGAUAGCAAUGGAAGAGUUGUCAAUAAACCUGAACAUGGUAAUCUUGAUUGGACAAAGAUUUGUACUGAGGCUUCGAAAGUUAUAACAUUUAUCGAUCUUGCUGGACAUGAAAAAUACUUAAAAACAACUGUUUUUGGUAUGACCGGUCAUGCUCCUGACUUUUGUAUGCUGAUGGUCGGAGCGAAUAUGGGAGUUGUUGGUAUGACUAAGGAACAUCUUGGAUUGGCGUUAGCCUUAAACAUACCAGUUUUUGUUGUUAUAACAAAGAUUGAUAAAUGUCCUCCUAACAUCCUUGCCGAAACUUUAAAAGUUUUGCAGAAAGUUCUAAAAUCCCAGGGAUGUAGGAAAAUUCCUGUCUUAGUGCAAUCAGAGGAUGAUGUUGUUAUAGCUGCAAGAAAUUUUACUUCCGAAAAGUUAUGUCCAAUUUUUCAAGUAUCUAACGUUACCGGCGAACGACUUGAUUUAUUAAAGAUGUUUAUGAAUCUUCUGGCACCGAGAAGCACUAUUGAGGGUACAAACUGUGAUAUGGCAGCCGAGUUUCAAAUAGAUGAUACAUUUAGCGUACCUGGUGUGGGAACAGUAGUUUCUGGAACAUGUCUAAGCGGAUCUAUAAAACUGAAUGAUACUCUGCUUCUAGGCCCCGACUUGUCAGGAAAUUUUAAUAGUAUCGUUAUAAGAAGUAUUCACCGAAAGAGAAUGCCUGUCCAGCAAGUCAGAGCUGGUCAAACAGCUUCUUUCGCCCUGAAGAAAGUGAAAAGAUCUAGUAUUCGUAAAGGAAUGGUCCUAGUCUCUCCUCUAAUUCAACCCGUCUCUUAUUGGGAGUUUGCAGCUGAUGUUUUAGUUUUGCACCAUCCAACAACAAUAGCUGUUGGAUAUCAAGCAAUGGUUCAUGUUGGACCGGUUCGACAGACAGCCACAAUAACUUCGAUGUCUAUAGAAAAUAUGAGAACUGGAGAUAAAUCAAUAUGUAGAUUCAAAUUCAUAAAAAAUUCAGAAUUUUUGCGGAAGGAUACCAAACUGGUUUUCCGAGAGGGAAGGACAAAAGCAAUAGGCACAAUAACCGACCUGUUUGUGCCUCAGGACGCAAAUUCUACAGUUCAUCAGAGGACUAAUAAAAAUCUACACAAUCAACAUGGCCAGGGUGGAGUUAAAAGAAGACGAGGUGGGAAGAGGAAAGCUGCUUCGGCUUCUGCUACUACUGCCAAUGCUCAAGCAGAGUAG